AAUACGGUUAUAUUUGUUAAUCAUCAUUCUAUAUAAUUUUAUUUUGAAUAUACUGUUAAUUAUCAUUAUUGUUCUAUAGAAAACGAAAAAUACUUCUUGAUGAUAUUUUUGACUACGUUUUCAAUCACCCAGGUAUAAUCGUGAUGAAGUUUACAAUGAAAGGAAUGGUAUUAAGCAAAAUGUAUCAAUACGAAAGAAAUAAUGAGAAACGCAGCAUAAGUUCAAAUGAAAGUUGUUGGUUAAGUAUUUGAGACUAUGGCACCCAUCCUUACAUAUAGUGAAAAUAUUAAUAGUGACAGUGACAAAAAAUUCCCUUAUGCCAUAAAAGAAGUUGAAGAAAAAGUGAAUAAAGAACUUCUUACUAAAUUUACAGGUGAAAAAACGACUUUUCUUCAAGUAGGACCUAAAGAUUACUUUUUACCAAGUGGGUAUAGGAAGGAAGCGAAUCAUUAUUACACGUUUGCUCUCAGACCGAAUGAUGUUUUUAUUGUCACUUUUCCUAGAUCAGGUACAACUUUGACACAAGAACUAGUUUGGUUGUUGGCAAACAAUCUGGAUUUUAAGAAAGCAGCUCAAAUUCCUCUUAAACACCGUUUUCCAUUUUUAGAAUUCAGUUCUUUGCUCCAUGAAGAAGUAAAAGCAGAACUUUUGAAAAAAAAUCAAUCAAAUCCAGCAAAAUGUGAAGUUAUUCAUAAACUAAGUUCACCUUGUUGGAGAUACUUUCAAGAAAUGUCUGAAAGAAGAUUCAUUAAAACUCAUUUACCUCUAAGUUUACUACCACCAAAUUUAUCAGAUGUUGGUUGUAAGGUAAUAUAUGUGGCAAGAAAUCCUAAAGAUGUGGCUGUUUCUGAUUAUCAUUUAUGCAAAGCUCACAUAUCUCAAGGAUAUAAUGGAGACUUCGAGGAGUUCUGGAAAUUAUUUCAAAAAGGACACGUACCCUAUUCUCCUUAUUGGGAACAUAUUAAAGAAGGAUGGAAUAGCAGAAGUAAAGACAAUCUUCUGUUUCUCUUCUACGAAGAUAUGAUCAAGGAUUUGAGAAAGUGUAUAGAAAAGGUAUCCAAAUUUUUAGGGCAAAGUUAUAAACACGAAGAAAUCGCUCUUUUAGAGGCUCAUUUGUCAAUCGAUAACUUCAAAAACAACAAAUCGGUGAACAACGAGGAUUUUAAAGAAUUAGGAGUUAUGCUUAAAGAUCAAGAAGGUUUUAUAAGAAAAGGAACAAAUGGGGGCUGGAGAAAUUACUUUGACGAUAAAUUGAAUAUUGAAGCUGAGAGAUGGAUAGAAGAUAAUUCAAAAGGAUUGGAUCUACAAUUUUCUUUUUAGAUACAUUUUUUAGUAAAAUAUUUAUUUCGAUAAGUUACAUCACAAAUAUCAGACAUAAACUCAAAAACCUUAAUUUCACUCACCGUGAAAAUCAUUAAAACCUUCACAGCUAGAAAAAUUAUGCGUUGUGCCAUAAUUAAUUGGAACUAGAAAAAACCGCCGGACUGAAAUUAAAUAAAGCUAUCAUAAUCAAUUGCUUCAAAAUAGCUUCAAGCUUAGAAAUCAUAUAAGUAAUUGAAACUCUAUUGCCUCUAAGUACGAUCAAAUGUAUUUUUAAAUAGUUUUUAGCAUUCUGCGAUUAAGAAAAAUUCAUUAUAUAUUCGUAAUCGAAAAAAUCUGUUAUUAUUUUUUACUCGUAACUCGACUUAGCGUAAGUUAGGGGAAUAUCGAUGACUUAAGCAUUGAUCCAUUUUGAUAUUUAUUAAAGGGACUUACGGGAUAGGUAAUCAUUCAUUUACAAAGCCGAUAUAGUGGACCAAAGAUAUAUAUCAAGUAUACUAUCAAUCUAUCACGCCUUUCAUAUUUUUCAAUCAUUUUGUAAAACCCUUCAUUGACCGCUAUAACCUAUGGUGCAAGUAAUGGCGGUCUACUGUUCGGGUAUUACCGGUCAUUCAAUAUUAAGACAGGUUUGCUCCUAACAUGUAUUAAAACAAAAUAAAACGACGUUUUAUUUA